AUGAGCUCCAAGAAAGGAAAGCUAGAUCUUCUCGUCAAAGUACGAUAUACGAACCCUCUACCGGCUCCGCCAUGCCCGCCCAAACUACUGAAUAUCCCAACACACCCCAAUCGUUAUGUCAGACCCGAGUUUACAGCAACGCUGGCAGCCGAGACGCCGUUGCCGAUGGUCGUCGACUCGGAAUGUGGUAUGCCACUUGACUUGUUUGGCUGGGACGGACUGUGGGACGGGAGAAUGGAAUACCAAGAGUUGAACCCGACCGAGCCCAUCGAGCUGGACGAAGCGGAUGCGGAGCUGCUGUUUGAGCCUCCUUCACAUGCGCAUGUCCCCGCUGCGACGAAUGGCCAUUCAUUGCCCUCGACUCCGAGUGUGAACGUUCAGCCCAACGUGUCAUGGCUGCGCCGUGCGGAAUAUGCCUCGCGGUCCAUGACGAGGCAAGGCAAUGGUCCUGAAAUGCCGCUCGAGGAAGAAAUCACGGUCGACGCGUCGUUGCCCGCUCAAAUAGCGGUGAUCGAAAAGUCGUUUGACGCCUUGCCGCCUCUGAACAGUCUUACACACCCAACCCGAAAAGAUGCAGAUGGCAAGCCGUUGACGGUCGCUUCCUCGUUUGAACUCUUGCCGGAUGUGGACAUUUGGGCGAACCCGUAUCUACAAAUUAGGUUUAUCGAGAGACCUGGUGAACGUCCUCUUGACAUGCCUGACCCUCGUCUCGAUUGCGGAAUUCUCCGACCGCAACAAACAGAAGACGACGAACACUUUAUCUCGUUCUACCUCCCGACCGAAGACGCAGAUGCCGAAGCGUUCAAAGCACGUCGCCGGGCUCCUGUUACCGCUGUCAUGAACGAAACAACCGACUUUGAGUUCCAGCGCGACUACGAGUCGGCCAAGAUUGAAAACGAUAUUACGAACGAGUUUUUGGUCGUUAUUGAUGAGGGCGGGAUGAAUGCCGAUGGGACCCCGGUCAUCAGUGGUCACGCCGGGCAGAGCGAUGGGGUGCAUAGUGUCGAGGGCGUUCAUGAAGGACGGAAGAGUGGUGCAUAUUACAAGGCUGUGGAGAGGAAGAUUGUUCUCAAGAAAAAGCCCGUUAUUAAAGGCCAAGAAAUCGACUAUACUGACAAGUGGGAUGUCAUCAAAUUAUUCCAUAUUCCUAUCGCCGCGGAAGACCAAGAAGAGCGUAAUGAACUUCAGGCAGAGGUCACAGAUCCACAAUGGACGUUUGGACGUUUGGAUGCGCCUGGUGAAGCGGAUGAGGAAAUGGCCACUGACUAG